CUUUACGCGACGCGAAUGUCAGAACUUCGAACAUGCGCACACGGAAUUGAAAGCAGCGUCAUCGGUGUGCGCAAGCGAGAUCGGAUCAUGACGAGCAGUAAAAGGAGUACGCUUCUGUCUUCUCUAGCGGCUUAUGGAGACGAUUCAGAGCAAGAUUCAGACCCAGACUCAGACGAACCAGAAUCAGAAUCCCAUGGCGGAUUGGUGUCGGCCAGUUAUGGAGUGGAUGACAUUAGUCGCGUGGAGGAAGAAGAUGAGAAGGUCUCAGAGAAUGAGGACAGUGAUGACCGCACCAGAAAUUCGGAAGAGGAGUCGUCAGACUCAGGGCAAGUCCAAGAUGAUGUGAAGGACAUCCAGGAAUGGGAGACCAAAGACCCCCAAGAGCUUGUUGCACAGUUUUCCGAGAAGGUUCGGAACAUGUCUCCUGAUGAGAUCAAAAUUCCUCCCGAACCACCUGGGCGUUGUUCCAGUCAUCUGCAGGAAAAGAUAAUGAAACUUUAUGAACGGAAGCAACAUGAAGACUUCGAUACGAACAAACAUAUUCAGAAGAAGAAAGAGUUCCGCAACCCAAGUAUUUAUGAGAAGCUAAUCCAGUUCUGUGGCAUUGACGAACUUGGAACCAACUAUCCAAAAGACAUGUUUGACCCCCAUGGCUGGUCAGAGGAUUCCUAUUAUGAGGCACUAGCCAAAGCUCAGAAAGUGGAAAUAGACAAGCUGGAAAAAGCCAAAAAGGAGAGGACCAAGAUUGAGUUUGUGACAUGCACCAAAAAGGGCACCACUACUAAUGCGGCGGCCAUGGCCACAAAUACAACAACUGCCUCAUCUACAGCAGAUGCACAGAAGAGGAAGAGUAAGUGGGACUCCGCAGUACCGGUGACCCUGGCACAACCUGCCCUCCUCACCACCACUGCCACCCUCCCUGGAGUCGUCUCUGUGACCACAACCACUAGUGGCACCAAGACUACAGUCAUCUCUGCUCUGGGACCCAUUCUCAAAAAAGCCAAGCAAUGACACGGCCAUGCAAACUCUACAAAUCCUGCUCCUUUUUUUUUUUUUAUUUCAACAAGUUUUUUUAACUGACAACUAUUUCUAUAUACCUGAUAUGACCGCUCAGAGACAGUCAAACACAAACUUUGACUAUUUCGUUCAGCAUUUGUCUGAUAUUUGUUGAAGCUUUCAUUUCUUGUUUGAAAUAACUUUGUCUUUGCCUAGACGUUUUCUACUGAAUCCAUUUAUGUAAAAGUUAUCAAACAGAUUUGAGUCGAACAUUAUUUUUUUUUCCCUUUUAGUAACCAUUCUGUGUUUAAUAGAUGUCUGAUCAGUUAUGCCUAUCUAUAUUUUCCAUUUUUAUGUCGAUGAAGAUUUGGGAGAGGUCAUUACACACAGAUCACCAAUUAAUCAUCUGUCACAUGAGUAUACAGUAGUAUAUUAAUACAACAGUAACAGAUCAGGGCUAUUUGAUUAUGUAUUUAUGAUUAGAAAAAGUAGCUCUUUCAAUUCCAUUCGUUCAUUUUUUACAGUUUCUUUCCCCAUUGCAUCAUUCUACAUUUUUAUUUCAUUUUAGAAAUGCAAAUAGGUCUUUUUUUUUAAAUACAUGUACAUAUUAAAAUAAGUCAAUGCCUUCUCUAUAGCACAGUACCAUGAAAA